UAAAGGCCGGGGAAUGUCUAGCUGGCGCCGCGCUGAGCCGAGUGCGGACCCGCUUUGUGUGCGCGUUUGUUUGUCUCCGCUGCGGUCCGAACCGCUGCCGCGACCCCCGAGGAGGCGGGGCCUCCGCGCGCCCGGCUCCGCCUGGUGAGGGUUUCACGGCCGCUGCCGCCGCCGCCGCCGCCGCCCUCGUUUGUUCCGUUAGAUCGCGCAACCCCGACCGCUGCACCCAGAUCCUAGCAAGCCGGGCGUGGCUGCCCGGGAGCCCUCGAUGGCCUUCAUUUCACCCAAGCCCGCUUCUUGCUUUCCCCGGCCCUUCCCCUCUUUUCCUGGUUAACAGCUUAUGGGCGGGGAGCUCGGCAAAACUCAGACUAAAAACAGAAAAAGAGAAAAGAAAGGACAAAUUCGAUACACCCGCGUCGGUCCUCCAGAGUUUCUGAAGGGGUGUAAACAUGUCGGAGUCUGGGGAGAUGAGUGAAUUUGGCUACAUCAUGGAAUUGAUAGCUAAAGGCAAGGCUUCAGCAAUGGGCCUGCAGCAAACCCAUGAGCAUUCCCGGUUGACUUCUAAAGGUGGAGAGGCCCGCUGUCCCUUUGAAAUCUCUCAGGUUGGAAAGCAGUCUCUCCCAAGAAGAACUUAGGACAAUUCCUCUCUCUGUUUUGUGGGGGUUGGAGGGGGAGAGUUGGUCAGGAGUAGCCUCCUAACCAUUUCAACUUAAGCUUAUUUCCUACCCACUCUCCUCAGGCUCAAAUCCUGCCCCGCCCCGCAGCCCUAGCACUAGCCCAUUUAAGACCCCUGUUUUGUGUGUGAUUAUACAGGAUUUGAACACUGAAUAUUAACCAUGGAAUAGCAGACCUUUGAGACUGACUUGCUUUAUUUUCCUCUGUGGGGUUAGGUUCCACUUUGUAGUUCGGGUUUGUAAUGUAAAGAAUAAUGGGAAACUGGUCUAAUUAUGAGAGUUAAGAGAGCAGAGGCCUGUAGUUGGCCUGCCCUCCGCCCCACCAUCCCUCAAAGUUGAGACCACUGAGUUAACCAUCCUCUUAAUUUCUCUCACUUCUCCCCCAGAUUUGUUUCAUCCUUGUACUGGACUUCUCAAACUCUGUACAUAAUUAAAAAUACAUAGCUUUACAUUUUUACAAACUUAAUACCUGAAUAUAUGCUUGUUGUAAAGUAUUCAAACUUCACAGAAAGUUUCACAGAGUAAAAAGUCUAAGUUCAUGCCCACCUCCAAUCUCAUUCCUUCUCCAGUGGCAGCAGUUUGUGUGUCUAUUUCAAAUUAAAUUAGCAUACCGUUUGUUCUCUGAAAUGUGGGAAGUAAGCCUUUUUUCUUAGGGUAACCUAAAACCUACAGGACAAACUGGAUCAGCUUAUUUACUCUAUUGUGAUGGCUACUUUAAUAUUUAAAGUACACAGUGAUAUCUGCCAUUGUGACCUUUCUGCUCAUCAAGCAAUACUGCAUAAGUGUAGUUAAUACUUACGAUCAUUCUCAAGAGGCUUAAAAAUGAAAAUGUAUUUCCUUAUAUUUCACUAGCAGUGAAACUUUUACCAUUUCUGAAAGCUGUCUUUUCGUUUCUUUUGCAGCUAAUCUCUUUGGAUUAAAAGAGAGGUUUCCAAAUCUGUGGUCAAUAUCUAAGGUUACUCAAAGCAGUAUUUUCCAACUGUUUUGGUCUUUUGAAAGAUUUGCCUCACUAAUUUUUUUAUCCCGCUUCUGGAAUCAUGUAAUGAAGAUUUGAUGACAAGGAAUAUAGAAUUCAAAUUUUAGUAUAUCUCUUUGUAUUUAGUGUAUUUAGCAUAUUUACAUUUAUGUGUAAAUAGCCAGAAGGUACAUUCGGUUCCCAUAAUUUAAUAUUUACUGUUUAGGCACAUCUAAGAAGUAUAAUGGUUUCAGCAAAAUAAGAGAGGCUUUGUAAAUCUUAUAUUUAAUUUUGAUAGAGAACUAGGCAAUGAUACCAUUACUUGGUGAAUUAUUUUAACUUUGAACAUCUUUGAGGCACAAAAAAAUCAAGAAUUUUUACAAACACAAACUUUACCUUAAAAAAAGAAGACACUUACACUCUGAAAGAAUUAGUCUUGGAAAGUCCUCAAAUCUAGCCUAAUAAAAGGUCUUAAACAUCUCCUGGGACCAAAACAAAAAUACCACCAAAUGAUCUGUUUCAGAAGGACGAAUAGAUAGUUGCUCACACAACUAAAAUCUAAACUGGGGUGAUAAUGGUAAGGUUGUGCCCACUGCAUAAGUAUUUUUAUUUUUAUUUUUAUUUUUUUUUUUUUGAGACACAGUUUUACUCCGUUGCCCAGGCUGGCGUGCAGUGGUGCAAUCUCAGGCUCACUGCAACCUUCACUUCUGGGUUCAAGCGAUUCUCCUACCUCAGCCUCCCUAGUAGCUGGGACUACAGGCACACACCACCAUGCCUGGCUAAUUUUUUGUAUUAUUAGUAGAGACAGGGUUUCGCCAUGUUGGCCAGGCUGGUCUCGAGCUCUGACCUCAAGUGAUCUACCCGCCUUAGCCUCCCAAAGUGCUGAGAUUACAGGGGUGAGCCACCGCAUCCGGCCUACAACGUAUUUUUUAAAGGUUUUUUAAAUAUAUAUAUUGAAAUUGGGUGAAAUGUAUGUGCUCUGGGGAGUAGGGAAGGCAGGCAGAAGAUUUAGAUUUUUGUAAUAUCAUUUGAAAAGAGCUACUUUCAUAAAUAUCAUAAUUUUCCUCUGAUUUUUUUUUUACUAUAUUGCGCUAAAGAUAAUUUGAAAAAAAAAAAGGUGUCUCCUAAACUACUUUGUAAAAGGAUGUUUAAAUCAGAUUUUUAGUGAAAUUGUAAAUUCUGUGUUGUAUACUCACCUGUGGGCAGUGCAAUAAGGAUGCUGGACUGAGACCCAGGUUUGAAUCCUGGCUUUUUAGUAUAUGGCCAUGUAGUAUAUAGCCCAUAGAUUAAGCAUAUUACUUAAUCUAUGGGCGGAGGUGGAGAGGAAUUUUAGUUGUUACAUGUCUUCUCUUAAAAGAAUUAUACCUAUUUCACAGGGUUACUGCAAGGGUUAAAUGAAUCUUUUAUGCAGGUUUCCUAAUACAGUUAUCGACACAUCGUAGGCCCUCAAUAAAUGAAAGCUAUUACUUCUAGCUUUUAUGACAACAGAGUUGGGCCUUGAGACACCUUAUAUCCACAUUGUGAUCAUUAAGAAGUGGAGGUAGGGCUGACAGAUAAAAUACAGGAUGUAGACUUGAAUUUGAAUUUGAGAUAAAUACUUUUUUUUUAAGAAUAUGUGCAAUGUGAUAUUUGGAACAUAUACUAAAAAACUAUCAUGUAUCUGAAAUUCCAAUUUAACUGGGUGUAUUGUGUUCUUAUUUACUAAAUCUAGUAACCCUACAGGGAAGAAUAAUAAGAUGUGGUCAACAGAGAGGGACCUGCUAGAUUGCCUCAAAAUAUUACCAGUUUUGUUUACCUCAAGUUGGCCAGAAAACUUCUUUGCCCACUAGUUAUGCAGCUAAUACACUCAUCAUUAAUGGAAAAAUGUCCGUGAGAGCAGCACUGGGUUCCUCUCAUCUUCCUAAUUGCAAAUUGUUGCUCUGGUGCUAUGGUUUAGUAGAUAAAUGCUUACUAGAUUUUGUCUUAAAUAAAAGCUUAAAUGGUCGAGAAGACAAAACAUCAAACAUCAGUGUACAAAGACUAGGUAGUUGUGUUAAACUGAGUGCUAAAAGAAUUCAGAAUAGAGGGAGAUAAUCAAUGAAAUCAAAGCUAAUAAAGGAGGCUCCAGAAGUGCAACUUGAAAGAUGAGGAGGAUUUGGCCAGGUAGUGGAAAUCUGAACUUGCUGGCUCUCUGGACUCCUCUCCCCUGACUUUGUUCCCAUAGAAACACUUUAUGACUGGUAAGCUUGGCCUGUCAGUAGCCUGAGUCAAUAAUUGAUAGACAAUACCAUUCAUUAUCCCUUCACUGGUAACCUCCUGAUACCCAGCAGUAUAGGUGGUCUGUGUGCCAAUCUACUGGAAAACCCUGUAAUUUACUUUAUUUCUGUACUUUUUAUUUUCUAUAAGUCCAGGUGCUCUCUUGAUUUUAUACCUAUGGUUGCUUAAUUAUUAGGGGUUCCCAAAAGGGGGCAGAGUUUAGGGAAUAUGUGGCCAUAUUACCUUGUUUCUAUUUCUUGUUUAGUAUAUACCAAUAGAAUGGUGGUACCCUGCCUGUCUGAUCUCAGAGCAAACCAAUAAAUAUGCACCAUGGUCAUUA